AUGAGUAACCCCGACGCGGUUGCUUUCGUAGAGGCCGUCUUGGUCGAUAACCCGAGCAUGCUCGGGACGUUUAUGUGGAUGCGCUACCAGCGUAGCAAGCCUCCGGACAUCAAUCUUCUCAAUCAAGUUAUCAGGGUGACGCAACUUGCAGUAGAGCUCGGCCAAGACUCAGAUCCUAGCGAACGCUCUCAACUGUACUUCGACCUGGGAGUUCGGCUUGAGACCUGUUCAAACCAAACCCACUCCCUAGACGGCUUCAGCGGAGCAAUGUCUGCCUUUCAAGCGGCUGUUGAACUGACACCAGACAAUGAUCCUGACAAGCCUGAGCGUCUCCACCGACUGGGUGUUUCGCACCUCAAGUAUUACAGACGCGUCGGGAGAAUUGACGACAUCAAUAGUGCUUUCACAGCGAUCUGUCGUGCGGUCGAGCUGACGCCGGAUGGCCACCCCGACAAGCCAGCGCGACUUUGCAACCUGGGCAGCUCGCUUCUCAUGCGUUUCGAGCGCACUGGGGAACUCGAUGAUAUCGAGCAGGCCGUCUCGUCGCAUCGUUGGGCGGUCGAGCUUACACCGGAUGGUCACCCCAACAAGCCGGCACAAAUCAACAACCUCGGCAACUCCUUCAGCAAGCGUUUCGCGCGCACUGGGGAGCUCGACGAUAUCGAGGCGGCCGUCUCGUCGCAUCGUCGCGCGGCCGAGCUUACACCGGAUGGCCACCCCGAUAAGCCGACGCGAUUGAGCAACCUCGGCAAUUCCUUUCACGUUCGUUUCGAGCGCACUGGGGAGCUCGAUGAUAUCGAGACCGCCGUCUCGUCGCAUCGUCGCGCAGUGGAGCUUACACCGGAUGGUCACCCCAACAAGCCGGUGCUGUUCAACAAUCUAGGCAACUCGCUUCGUGAACAGUUCGGGCGCACUGGGCAGCUCGAGGAUAUCGAGCUGGCCGUCUCGUCGCAUUGUUGCGCGGUCGAGCUUACACCGGAUGGUCACCCCGAUCAGCCAGCGCGACUCAGCAACCUGGGCCUCUCGUUUCGCACACGCUUUAAGCGCACUGGGGAGCUCGAUGAUAUCGAGCAGGCCGUCUUGUCGCAUCGUCGCGCGGUCGAGCUUACACCGGAUGGCCACCCCGAUAAGCCGACGCGAUUGAGCAACCUCGGAAAUUCCUUUCACGCUCGUUUCGAGCGCACUGGGGAGCUCGAUGAUAUCGAGACCGCCGUCUCGUCGCAUCGUCGCGCAGUGGAGCUUACACCGGACGGCCACCCCGACAAACCGGGACUGUUCAACAAUCUAGGCAACUCGCUUCGUAAACAGUUCGGGCGCACUAGGCAGCUCGAGGAUAUUGAGCAGGCCGUCUCGUCGCAUCGCCGCGCGGUCGAGCUUACAGCGGAUAGUCAACCAGCCAAGUCGGUGUUUUUUGGAAAUUUAGGCUGUGCGCUUUGUGUACGCUUCAAGUGCACUGGGGAGCUCGAUGAUAUCAGGCAGGCCGUCGCAUCCCAUCGUCGCACAGUCGAGCUUACACCGGAUGGCCACCCCGACAAGCCAAGUUACCUCAGCUACCUGGGUGUCUCGCUACACACACGCUUUGAGCACACUGGGGAGCUCGAUGAUAUCCAGCAGGCCGUCUCAUCCCAUCGUCGCACAGUCGAGCUUACACCGGAUGGCCACCCCGACAAGCCAGGUUACCUCAACAAACUGGGCGGCUCGCUUCAAUUACGUGGCACUGCGAUCGAUUACACGGACGCUAUUGACUGUUACAUGAAGGCAACGUUACAAACAUCUGGCAGUCCUUCAAUUCGUCUUCGUUCUGCUCUACACUGUGUCCGUCUGCUAUCUACAAACCCCUCUCUUGGCACUACAGACAGACUCUUGUCGGCACAUUCGUGCAUUAUCGCCGUUCUUCCGGAGAUUGUCUGGCUCGGAUAUGAUAUCCAGCGACGCUACGACGAAUCGUCUCAAAUGGGCGAAUUCAUCAACGCUGCUGUCUCUGCAGCUAUAGCUGCCAAUGCUCUGACACUGGCUGUGGAGUGGCUCGAGGCAGGCAGGUCGCUCAUCUGGGGUCAGGUCUUAUCGCUGCGCACACCACUUGAUGAGGUGGACGACUUUGAUCCCACACUUGCGGCAUCUCUCCGUCGUGUUCAACAAGAUCUUCAGUCAUCCGCGAGACUCUCAUUCGCUCCUGAGACGUUUACAGCCAGUGAUAUUCCCGGGAUCGCAACCAAUCGUGCAGCCGAUGCCCAUCGAGCACUUGCCAUCGAGCACGACGGCCUCUUGAAGAAAGUUCGUGCGCGCCCCGGAUUUGAAGACUUUCUACGUCCGAGGUCGUUCGACACGCUCUCAACUUCAUUCAAGUUAUUGAACAAUCCAGUCGUCUUCAUAAACGUGGACAAAUCCCGCUGUGAUGCUCUCUGUUUAUAUCCCAGUGGCGAGAUCACGUCGGUUUCGCUGCCUUUCCUCACGCUUGAUCGGGCGAGAGAACUAUCCAUGCUUUGGACCGGGAUUCUCAGGGAUUGCAUGGUCCGCGCGCGGGGGCUAGUCGACCCGGACGGGAUGGAGGGCUUGAGUCUUCUGCAUCAUGUUCUGGAGUGUAUGUGGACAUGGAUUGUCAGCCCUAUCUUGGAUGCCCUCGAUCUUGCUAGUCUUUCACACGGCGAACAAUUACCGAACAUCAUCUGGUGCCCAACUGGGCCGCUUACCCAACUGCCUCUACAUGCGGCAGGCGUGUACAGCGAACCGUAUGGCCCACGCGUCUUCGAGUUCGUCGUUUCCUCAUAUACCCCGUCGUUGUCCGCGCUCCUUCACGGAAAGGAAGCGGCCACGAGUCACCAGAUCCCACCAAAUGCGAUGGUCAUCAGUCAGCCUGAUACACCGCGCCUGCAAUCUCCUCUACCUGGAACCAGAGCCGAAGGACGUCAGCUGCAGGAGUUCUUAGCCAGUUCGAACGUCGUGACUGAGCUACUGGAAGACGAUCAGGCGCGCGCUGCGGUUGUGCGGACCGAUAUCGGUCGAUACUCGUGGGUGCAUCUUGCGUGCCACGGCUCGCAAAACCAAGCAGAUGCUACAAAGAGCGCGUUCGAGCUCUACGACGAACCGCUGACGCUCUCGGACCUCAUGGGCACCGUGUCUGAAAAUGCGGAGCUCGCAUUUCUAUCGGCAUGUCAGACUGCUGUAGGUCACGAUAAGGCCCCGGAGGAGGCCGCUCACCUUGCGGCUGGCAUGCUCGCGGUCGGCUUUAAGGGCGUCGUGGCGACCAUGUGGUCUAUUGGCGACGCUGACGCGCCCAUUCUCGUCGAGGCCUACUACAAAGAGCUUAUAGCUCUGCGUAGCUCUGGUGCUCUUAGGAAAGGAGAGACGGGCGCGGCGUAUGCGCUGCAUGCGGCGACGAAUGUUCUGCGGGAGAAGGUGGGCGAGGCGGCAUUCGUGCGAUGGGCGCCGUUCGUCCAUUUCGGAGUUUGA